UGUCUCAAAACUUCACCUCUAUGCUCUCUUGUCAAAAAAGGCAAAAAAUGUCCCAAUCCACUGCUCUAAACUCCAAGCAUAUCCCAAUGCAGGAGAACCUGGUUCAAACUUCUUUAGGCUGCCCUCCAACAGAUCUAAGUAGCCCUUACAAGCUAUCUCUUGGGAGCAUCCCCAAGAAUAGCUCCAAGCACAGAUCCUGUCGGACAAUAGAACCCAACACUGUUCAAGACUCUAAUAAGAUCACUCAGAAGCUUGUGAAGGAUUACGAAAAAGACUGGAAGAUCACUCGCAAGAGACUCGAAACCUACAGUUUCUUUAAAUCAAUCAAGCAUUCUAAACUACCUUUGAACAUUAGCUGAGUCGCUGGAGACCCUGAAAUCAAAAUAUGCAUGACAAGGAAUGACUCAAAUGUUCAUCCUUACCUAAACAACGGGUAUAAUAAAGGACUUAGGCUCCAAUGCAAGUCAAUGAAGAACUCAACGAAUAAAAAUAUGAGAAGAAACCUCUCUAGCUCUGGCUCUCGGAAAUCUUGAAGGGAAGGAUCUCUCCCCAACUCUUACCUCAAAUCUAGAAGAAAAUAAAACCAGGCAGAAAAUGAAAAAGAUCUAUAAAGAUGCCUAUAGACUAAACCUUAUUGAUAACUAUAUUCCAAAAUCCAUCAAAAAGAAAAGCAGGCUCAAAGAUUACCCAGUCCUUGCCAAAUACAUAAAUUAUUCCAAAGAAAGAAGAGAGGCUCAGAAAUAUCUCUAACUGACAGACCCCUCAUCGGCCAAAAUCACAUUAAAUAUUCAAUUUUCUU